AUGUUAUCCAAAUUAUCCUCCCUGAUUUUUCGUGGAGUUUCUGCCACCAACUCUGAAGAUCAUCCCAACAAUUCUCGCAUCAUGAUGAACACCACAACCACAGCAACCAACAGCAGCAGCAAUAACAAUUCACCUCCAUCAUCAGUUAAUAAUGAUUUCAUUAGUGGUAGUGGCGAUCAAUCACCAAGUCAUAUCAGUUCUCACAAUGGUAACAGUCCAAUGAUGGAACAUUUCUAUCAGCAACAACAACAGAAUGGUAGCAACAAUAAUACUUCUUAUUAUAAUAAUAAUAAUAAUGGAGGAGAUCUCUCACCAACCAUUCUUUCUCCAUCAAUUUCAUCUUCAAGUAUUCAUAGCACGGCCAAUGCAAGUAAUACACCACUCUCUCCAAGGUUUAAUUCAAACCAAUUGAAUAAUUUGAGUCAAUUUCAAGUAUUGGAAAAUGUUCAGUAUGAAGAAAAUAUUGAACAAGUUGUGUUGGUGAAUGAUAAACCAAUUCUUUCAAUGAUUCCACAGGAUUUGUUGAAGGAUAUUUUCUCAUUCUUGGAUUUUAGUGAGAGAUUUAGAUUUAUUAGAGUUGCUUCACAGAAAUGGAAUUCAUUUAUUAUUGAAAGUGAAAUGAGUUUACAAUUGAACUUUACAAAGAGUAUGCUCAGAUUUGCAACACCUGGGGAUGUGUUGGAAUUUGUUAGGAAAUUUCCAAUACUUUCAUCAAUAUCUGUAUAUGGAGAUGCACAUACUGAUUUGAGAAGAAGAUGUUUGAGAGAAAUUCAAUCGACAUCUUCCUUUUUAAGAUCUUUGAGUCUUUAUGACUCGAGUGAAUCAGAGUUGAGUAGUAUUAGAGAUAUUUCAUUUCCAAAUCUUAGACGUUUACAUUUGGAAACUCCAGUUGUUACAAGUAAUUUACUCUCAAUUUUAAAUGAUCUAUUCCCAAAUAUUACCAACCUUUCCAUUAAAUAUACAACACAGGAGAAGACAGACUCUAUUUGUAAAAUGUACAAUAACUUUGGGAAAUUGAAAGAACUCAAAUUGAUUGUUACACAACAAUCUAAUCAAAUCUAUGACGGUUUGAAUUUGACACAAUUAGAAACAAUAGAAGUUCAUCACUUUUUGGGCUUUGUUGGGCAAAAGAAGUUUUCAAACAUUUUAGAUGUGAACGUUUCUGGUUCAGUCAAUGAUCUUCCAACAAUAGUACAUUUAUUCCCAAAUGUCACCUCUCUUGACAUUAGUAAUUUAUAUCAAGCCAAUUCUGAUGCAUUUGAAUCGAGGCUCGUUGAGAAUUUACCAAAAUUGCAACAUGUUAAAAAGUUGACACUCACAGACAGUACAACAAAUUUAGUCUUUCUUGAUACUUGGACUCACUCAUGGUCUAGUAUUUGUGAAUUGGACAUUUCUCGCAUUUCUAUUUCAGAUGCUCAACUUUCCAAGUUGUCCAAGCUUUCAAAUCUUUCUACACUCAAGAUGAAAGGUUUAUCAGUUGUUGGUAGAAACAACUCUGUAAUUGGUGAUACUCUCCUCAAUUUGAGAAAAACUUUAACCUAUUUAGAUAUUAGCGACUGUAAAUCUCUUGUAAAUAUUUUACCAAAUGAUGAAAAUGCAAAUUUGGUAUUCCCAAAGCUGAAAGUUUUCAAAGCUGAUGGAGCAAACUUGUUAAGUGAUAAGAGUAUAAGAUUUAUAAUCGCAAAUGCUCCAAAUUUGGAGAGCAUAGGUUUGAUGGGAUGUAAUGAGGUUCAAGAUGAAACUAUUUCAUCCCUUGCCAGUUCCAAAUUAAUUUAUUUGGAUUUGAGAUAUUGUAGACAGUUAUCAAAUAAUGCAUUUUUCAAAUUGGUCCAUUUGAGAAAGUUGACAAAUUUGCAAGAUUUCAAGCUUGCACUCUGCUUUGAUGUGACUCACAUUGCAAUCGAAAGUAUUUUGAGACAGACAAAAUACUUGAGAAUAUUGGAACUCAACAGUUGUAACAAAUGCGAUCCAGACUAUUUGAUUAGUAAGCAAUUAUUUGAACCUUCUUCACUUCCAUGUUUAACAGAAAUUGACUUUUCAGGAACCAAACUUUCGGAUAAUGGUUUAUUGAGCAUGUUAACGAGCCCAGAAAGAAAGGGAACACCACUGUCAAAUAUCAUCAAUCUCAAAGUCUCUGAUUGUUACAAUUUAACUCAUGACUUUUUAGAUGUAAUUGACAAGUUUCUUACUAGUUCUGCUAAACCUUAUCUUGUCAUUCCAAUCAUGGUUGGUGAAAAGAAGUUGGUUUUCUUCAGAUGUCCAUAUUUACGUAUUGACAAUUUGAAACAAUCUCUUCCAAGACCACAAAAUAAAAACAAGUAA